UUGUAGAUGAGAUUGCUUAUAGUUAUGACUAUGUUGUGAGUCUGUGACUGUCAUUUUGCUAUGUAUUUCUUUGUCCUUAAAGUCCCUUCAUCACAGAAACUUCCAAAUCACCAUCUCCACGUGUAUUUUAGAGCACGACCAGUGAUGUCAACUGUGAUGUGGAAGAGCCACAUUGCUCGACUGCUGUCAGGCUGCGCAUAUAUAAGUCAGCAACAACAUAAGUUAUCUAUACCAUAGUUAUCAAGUUUUAUUACGCUAUUAUUUCUAGAUCAGGUUGUACACUGUGGGCGAUUUAUUUAAGUAGAUGGUAUACUUACUAGCUAAUAAUACGUAAUGCAUAAGGAAUUAUCACUUCUGCCCCGUUCUUGAAAUCUUGUACGCUGUAGACGCCGGCAAAAUUCAUAGUUUUUAUAUUCCUUAAUCCAAGUUUGGCUCUUGCUGCCACUAACAUUUCUAUUUACUUUGUAACUGAUAUAUAAGAAAUUGCCAAAAUGGGUAUGCUCUUUUCUCGUGUUUGGAAUUCGCUGUUCAGGAUGGAUCCAGUCAGCAUACUAAUGGUUGGUCUGGACAAUGCCGGCAAAACCACUGUUCUUUUCAAACUUCGCUUGGGAGAAGUAGUUUGCACGAUUCCCACAAUCGGAUUCAAUGUGGAAACUGUUUCUUACAAGAAUCUCAAUUUCACCGUGUGGGAUGUCGGUGGCCAGGAGAGGUUGCGUCCGUUAUGGCAUCACUACUUCCACAGUGCGAAAGCAGUAAUUUACGUUGUGGAUUCAAAUGAUCCGCAGCGUAUGGCCGAAGCGCAGGAAGAACUAUACAGACUGGUCACUGCAGACGAACUUCGGGAUGCUCCGUUUCUGAUUUUGGCAAACAAACAAGAUCUUCCUCAUGCAUUAUCGGCUGGGGAAAUCGCAAAAGGUCUUGGACUGAGUGACCUUCGAAGCCACCGGUGGCAUAUACAGUCUUGCUGUGCAACUAGUGGAGAUGGGCUUUAUGAAGGCCUGGACUGGCUUGCCCGGGAUUUGACAAACAAACGCAACUAAUUAAGUUUUUAGCACUCUCGAUUUUAUAAAAAAAGCUACAAACAUGCAUGCAGGUCUGUUUAACUAUGCGCUAUUCAUUAAUCUGCGCUUUGAUUAGCUGGAAACACUGCGGUUAAUUUCUGAUAUGCUUACGCGUGAUAAAAUAAUGGCCGGUUGGUUUAAUUACCUGGAGGUGCAGUUCUUAUACGAAUUGCCAUCCUGGUCACGCUUAACUACAAUACCUGUUUUGGCCGUUAUGUCGUGACUGAAAUUAAAAACUAUAU